AUGAACCUAACAUCUUUUAAUAUAUUCUUUCACUCUUAUGAAACACACAAUGUCAACAGACUGCAUUCUGGCUCGCAAGAACCUCAUCGUCCCGGGAGAUUGAGACCGAUUGACAACGGAUACGCUUACAAGCGGCUAUUGCAUCCGCAUUCGCUGUCGUUAGACGCGAUGCAUCUUCUCCCCUAUGUGGAUAGCGCGAGCUGGCUGUACUUGGACCCGAAUCCCAUUUAUCCCCUACGCCUACCGAGUCUGGAAUGCGACGCGUCGUUAAUAUCCGAGCAGCACCGUCACCACCAUCACCAUCAUCACUAUCAUCAUUAUCACCGCCACCACAGUCGGCAGAGGAAACAUCGUCGAGUAUUAAGCGAUCCCGGGGGGUGGGACGCUGGUAUUCGUAUGGAUGCGACGCGACACCGACGAGUACUUAGCAGCGCUGGCGCCGAUCUUAUGCGAGCGUCGAUAGACGAGGCCAAUGAAGAUGACCUAUCGCCCGAAGAAGAGACAAGAGCGUCGACCUUCAGAAAAGUGCCAUGGCACCCUAAUUUGCAUAUGCUCAAAAUUAGGAGAACGUAACGCAACUGUAUAAUUGCGAGAAAGAAGCAAACGCUUUUUAAAACUUUAUAAGAAACCAAAAA